CUUUCUUUUACCUAGGUACCUAUAUAACAAAACCCUUGGUUCAUGAUUAUCAGGAAGGGAAGACAAUUGUCCGGAUACUACCAUUAUUUUAUCAACAGCUACUUUAAAAAUUUACUACACUUGAAUGCAGACAGACAAUAAUGUAGUUGGCUUACUCUGUCUUCUGGUGCAGGAGCUCAGCCCGCCAUUUACAAGUUGAUAAGACACUAAGGAUGAUCUCAGAGAUGAGUUCCAUUGUGGAGUAAUGAUAGGCGGACGGUUCGGUCCCCAGGAGUGCUUGUUCUUACCCAUUGACAUUCCAAAAGAUGACACUUCAGAUCGAUCUGUUUCGCCCCGUAUGAUUGAGGAUUUAAGCGAAAAAUGGAUUGCGUCACAUUGUAGAAAUCUUGCGCGGAUGAUUCCAGGGGGUGUUCAUAUAAGUGGGAUUUGUCUGACUGUCCCUUAUGGCGAAUUCAACGGUCAUACUAAUCACAUUCAGAAAAUCCUCUCUCAUAUAUCGCGGGAUGACACACCCAUGAACAGGUUUAUUUGUUCAAAAAGUACAGAAAAAUUAGUGUUGGUGGCUGACCCCAAUACAAGAAAAUUUCAAUGCAAAGCUUCUGCUGCAGAUGGAUCUAAUAGUCAAUUUCGAACAGUGGAAGUAAAGAUUCGCCCAUUCAUUGAUCGAUGGGUAUCAUUCAAAACACAUAUACUACUGUCUUUGGAGACUCACUUACCAUCUGAUCGGAAAAAAGAAAAAAUCUUGUAUCAGCUUCAGGCUGCUGUCGAACCUUACCUUCAAUCCUUGGUUACGGAAACACAGUUGCUGAUCAAUGGAGAAUUACAUCAAGCUGAUGAAAAAUUACUAAAAGAUAUAGAUUUUUCUGUACCCCUUGAUGCUGACAUCCAAACCAAAAAGAACAAAAAAUCGUCCAAGUCAAAGCGUUAUGAUUUGCCUCUUAAUGUAGAUCACUCCUUAGUUACUUCGGCGGGGAGUAAGAAAUAUGCAAUUGCCAAGGGGUCCGUUAGUCCAGCCUUUACCCCACUUGAUAUAGUAAUUUUCGGACCACAGUUUCCUCAAUGGCAGCGUGCAAGUUCGUCAUCGUCACUUGAAUCUGGUGCUAGUUCGGAUACAAAUAUGAAUAAUGGAAAUGAUACUAAUGAUUCUUCAGGUAGUUUCGUUCCCAUUAAUCGCUUGUUAAUCAAUGGCCGAAUUCCUGGAAUUGCGUUUUUACCAGCUAAUUCAAGUGUUGGAGACUUACUCGAGGCAUUACGGAAUGAUCUUGUACGGAGUAUACUAGCACGACUACAACUUUUAACAGAAGAGUUACACAUUACCAGUGCUGAACUGGAAGGUGACUUGCAAUGCCUAGUCAACUUAAGUAAACUGGGAAAGGAGAUCAAGUUGUUGGAAAGCUUAAUAAUGGGAUUUAUACUUGAUCUAAAUCAGUGUAUAUAAAUAUGAACGUGUGAUUUGACUUUCGCCCAGCUGAAUAAAUCAGUUUUUAAUCUUAUAAUUUAUUUUUAUAGACCC